AUACAACUUGCCGUAUUGAUACUGUCUGGUACAGAAACCGAUCCUGUCCUUUCCAGAAGGCCCCCAAUUUCGAAUCCUUCCCCUGUUGCCCCCCCGGCCUAGAUAAGGCUGCUGCUGCCCGGCGCCCCUAUCCAUCAAAUCCGAAUCAUAAUCUCCUUCAUCUACAUAAUCAGCCGGCUGGCCAGCUCCCUCAACUCUGUUCACCUCCUCUCAUUCAUACCAUUCACCUUCUCUCAUUCACUUGAAAGGCAGUGUUCAAGAUGGCUCCAACGAAGCCAGUCCUCCCCCCAUUGAGCACGCCGAAGAACAUGACCUUUCCUUCCGAAUUUCGGGAACGUACCUGGACAUGCCUUGACAUAGACAGGCCGAUCAAGGAGGUCAAGAAAGAAGACCAAGACGAAGACGAGAACGACAAUGAUGUUGUCACCAUUACUCCUCCACCAGCCUAUACGGAAUUUCUCAAUACCUUCAGUCCGAUCUUUGCAUGCCCUGCCAACUCUCGAGAAAACUUCUAUAAAUACAUGCGUGACAAGCCUCGCCCUUCUCCCGCCUCUCCACCCCUCAGUGCCACCUCUAUCACGUUCUCAGGCGGAAACGUACCUAAGAGCACUACUACUCCUGCACCUGUUCAGGCUUCACGGGCUUCACGACCGACCAAAAGCCCUAUUCAUACCCAACGCAUGCGCCUCCCUCCACCAUACCUUUAUACUCCCGUGUCCGCAUCUCCGCGAAGCGCACAUCCCCUUCGCUCACCGUUUACCCCAUCGGAUUGGAGACAGCAGCGUUUCUUCGACUCUCCUAUCAGUGAGACUGGCAAUGCCUUCUGCGUACGACAUGUCACCACCACAACAGUCACAUAUAAGCGGGCACCUCAGCUGGAUCCACCACCACAGGGCAAGCGGAGAAAGAAUGCCAGUCGUCGGACUACGUGAGCGUUUAAAGAUGAUCUUAACUACUUAUUAACAAGGGUCCUGGUGAAUCCUUGUUUCCUACGCCUUUUCUUUCUUUGUCAUGGGUGCAUUGUACACGGCCGGGGAUAC